AUGCAUUCCAAGCGAAUUGUUGUACUUUAUGGCUCUGAAACGGGGAAUGCCCAGGAGUUCGCCAAUGGCUUCUCUUUCAGACUUCACCAAUUUCACUUCGCUCACACAUUUACUUCGAUGGGAAAUUUCCCUGCUGUUGACAUUUUACAGUGUCGAUACCUCUUCUUGAUCUGUGCCACCACUGGACAGGGGGAAUUACCUCGAAAUGCGAAGGAAAACUCAGCAGGCGAAUCCAAGGACACUUUAUGGGCUUUUUUGAAGCGCAAAAACCUGCCAGAUGAUCUUCUCAGUCAUGUUAAUGUGAUGAUGAUUGGACUUGGCGAUUCGUCUUAUCCCCAGUUUAAUUUUGGUAUUAGGAAGUUGCAUAAAAGAAUGGUUGAUCAAUUAGGAGCUAAGGAAAUCUUUCCGAGGCUGGAGGCCGAUGAGCUGGGCAUGGUAGGCAGUAACGGCGGGACAGGUACUGGAACAGAGGCCGUGUACUUUGAAUUUGAGAAACGGGCGCUCAAACAUUUGCUUGACCUUUUCCCUAACCGAAAAUCGGAUGGGAAACGCUUAAAAAGACAGGCCAUCGCAGAAGAUACGUUUUUGCAACCUGAUUUCAAGCUGUGCUUAUCUGAAGGCAAAGACUAUCGGCCUCCUGUUUCUAAUGGGAAUCAGUCUAUCAAAACCGGUAAGGUCGUUCGAAAUUCGAGAAUAACACACCCAGAGCAUUUUCAAGACGUACGCCAGUUCAUCUUUGAGACAAAUGGUGAGAAGUACGAGCCGGGCGAUACCGUCGCGAUAUAUCCGCACAACAGGGAUGAAGACGUGCAAAGCUUUUUAGACACACAACCGCAUUGGCUUCAUGUAGCCGACCUUCCCCUACAGAUUGACGGUGUGUGGAAAUUUCAUGACGGCAACUUAGUAGAGCCGCUCACUCUCCGAAACAUUUUGAAAUAUCACUGUGACAUAAUGAGCAUACCGCGCAAAUCCUUUUUCAUGAAAGUGUGGAUGUUUGCUACUGACAAGAGCAGAUUGGAAGACGGUGAAGACCAGCUUAUCCAGCAACGUGACAAACUCCGCCAAUUUGCCCUUGAUGAGGACCUUGAUGAGCUGUAUGACUAUUGCAACAGACCCAGGCGCUCCUUACUAGAAGUUCUAUGUGACUUCCCAUCUCUCAGAUUACCCUGGGAACAUAUUCUGGCCUAUUUACCCAACAUGAAGCCCAGAUUGUUUUCAAUUUCAAGUUCGCCUUCAGAUCCCAAAAUAGAGCUAACCGUGGCAAUUGUUAAAUACAAAACGAUCUUGAGAAGAGUAAGACGAGGCGUUUGUACCGAGUACUUACAGGCGCUUCGGAAAGGUGAUACAAUCAAAUACAAAGUUCAGAACAAUCACCUGCUAAAACCUAAGAUGCAGGAGUUUCCGGUGAUAUUGAUCAGCCCGGGGGUUGGGUUGGCGCCUAUGAUGUCAGUAAUCAGGGCAAAUUUUUUCAAAGAAGUUCACCUCUUUUUUGGGAAUCGAAUAAAAAGUAGAGACUUUCUCUACCAGCAGGAGCUGGAAAACUGGGAAAACUCAGAGAAGAUCAAGCUUUACACAUGCUUUUCCCGCGACAGUUUGCAUUCCCCCACUGCAAAAUAUGUGCAGGAUGUAAUGUGGGAGGAAGGGCAAAAAGUGGCGGAUCUUGUUGUGAAGAGAAACGCUACAAUCUACGUCUGCGGCUCUUCCGGAAAAAUGCCGGUUCAGGUAAGGCUAACGAUUCUAGAGAUUUUGAAAACAUGGGGUGGUGUAUCCGAUUUGGAUAAGGCCGAUAGCUACCUAAGAAAGAUGGAGAGAGAGAGUCGAUACUUACAAGAGACGUGGUGA